AUGGCCUAUUUCCAAGGACCGUUUUCCGGCUCAAGAGCGUUAGGUGCAUGCUGCAUAUGCAGCGAACUAAUGCAGAGUGACCAUGGCGAAAUUCAGCUGUCGCUCUGUUAUUCCAAGUGGAGUUCCCAACUGACCGUCAUGGUUGUUCAAGCAAAGCAUUUGCCAAUGUCCCAGUGCUUGGUCGCUGCUGGUACAAGACUGAAAGAUCCGUACGUGAGACUUUGGGUAGUGCAGUCGGCAUGCCCUUCUCCGACGAAGAAAACGAAGGUUUCUGAUUUUGGUGAGAUCAACGCAAACGACGAGAUCGGCCACAUCGCGUUUGGCAGCCACGUCUUGGACAAAAAUGCGCGAGCUCAUUGGCAAGAAAUGAUGGCCAGCAACUCCACGGUAACAACCAAAUGGCAUCGAUUGCACUAAGC